UCAGUGGAGGUUGGUUGUCUGUUAAACAAGCUCCACUUUCUGUAAUAACUCGUGUGAUAUUUCCUCUCAUUGAUCAAGUGUUAAAAUGGAAAAAAUGAAAAGCCUUGAAGACAUUGAAGAAACCCAGGAAAAGCGAGAUGAUAACCCAGACAGAGGUGCAAAUAUUGAAGUGAGCUUGAACAAAGUGGAGCCUGUUGCUUCUUUGUACUGCACAGUACAGCUCGGUGUCACAGACACUUCACUCCCUGAACAUAGAGUGAAGCAUCAGGAAAACGAGGCUGAGGGACUGCCUCACACUGAGAGAAUGGACAGCAAAAAUUUUGCUCAGAAACUGGGUUCUCCAACAGUAAAUACCGAGGGGGAUAUAGAAAAUAAUAGUGGUGUAGAGGAAGCUUUUUCUAUUUGUGACGGAAUGGAAGCUGAAACUAAAAAUAAACAGAGGAUGGAAAAUGGGUACAUUGUUCCAACAUGCAAAACAGCUUUGGAAAGUGAUCCGACUUUGCAAGAGCAGGAAAGCAGAUGCCCAAGAAACCAGCUAUUGGCUGUUCAGCAGGAUGAAGGUGGAUCAGAAUGGGUGUGCAACAAGGAGUUCGAGAAAGUCGAAGAAGCAGUUCCAGAGCCCAGUGAGCAAUUGCCUCAGGAGAAACAACUGAAUGAGGAACUGCUGCGGGAAGAAACUAUCAAGACCCCAAACACAGGACCACUUGGAUGGCAGUACUCCCAGGAAGGUGAGGCUACCUCAAACCUUGUAAUUGAACAGCAAGGCACUGUGGAAUCAGCAGGUGAACUGGUGGGAGGUCCAUCCAAGAUGGCCUUUAAUCAGAUUUUCUCAACAGAGAGGUACAGUGAGAAGGAGGCAGAAAAACAAAGUAUCAAAGACAAAGAAACUGAAAACACUACAGCCAAUUUGUGUCAGAAAACCAUGGGGGAAAGUCCCUGUGACCAUUCUGUCACUGAAAUCAAGCUUUGUGGAAGUGAGCGUAGUCUGAAGCGUUUUCUCUCUCAGACUGAGCUGUACAUCAGUAAACCAGAUCAACAAGUGAACCAGCUCAAUGAUGCAAGCUGCUCAUCAGAACUGCCUGCAUCGUCUUGUGGAGAUGCAAGUGUGAACAAUUUGUUCCUGCAAGGGGAUCAAAUUGGUACAACUGAUUACAGUAAUCUAAGCCCACAAGAUGAAGAAUGUAACCAAACUGAACAAAUGGAGGAUAAAAUUCUGCUGAAGAAAGUGAUGUCCCCUGAAGACCGUAGAGAUGUUGCACUAGAAGAUUACCCUGAGAGAAGGUUCAGCCCUUUCGACCUUGGGGAGGAGACACAAAUGGACGAUGAAGGUUCCACUCAUGCUAUUGUCGGUGAACAAGUCAGUCAGCCCAAUCAAACUUUGAAGACUGGCGCUGGAUGGAACAUCUGCCCGGCUGAGGAAACCAAACUGGAUGGCAGUAGGUUAAACCAAAGUGCACCUUUCACAGAGGCAGACGUAUUUAAUACCAAAGUCCAACCUAAUACAUUUUGCCUCAUUGACUGGGGACAGAGCAAUAAUCUGGAGCAAGCCUCAAAGCAUGAAAAUACCAGCAACAAUAAUCAGGAUGGAAGAGAUGUCUCUCCUCCUCAACGUCUGGAAAAUACAGAUAAGUCUGGAUUGAACCAUUUUGUACUGGCUAGACAGGCAGUAAAUAAAACCGAAACUCUCUGCCAUGGAGAAGCUAACUUUGACAAAAGUAUCCAAGAGCAGUGGCCACCUAGUAAUACUGAGAGCAGUGGACAGGACAGUCUGUCUCAGCAAGCAGACCAACUUAAUAAAUCCAAUGAAAUGGUACAAAAUGAGCAGAAAAAUAAACUUGAUGUGAAGGACAUUGACUCUCAUAAGACUGAAGAGUGUCAAUUUGAUCACAUGACCCAAAUCCAAAAACACGGUCUUGUGCAUGGACAUCAAGCCAGCACAGCUAAUGAAACCUUACAAAAGGAGCAGGUUUGUGAAGUUAAUGAAAGUUCAGAAGACAGUGGGCAGCGCAAAACUCCAACAAGCAGACCAGGAAAUGGGCAUGACCAAGUUGAUGUUGGUGGAUCACCUACCCAAAAGGGUAGCAGCGAGGUGGAGUUCAAUCAAAACCUGGAGCAGGGACCCAUCAGUGCACCUGAACCAGGCAAAAGAGCUACUGACUACUGCACUAUGAUGGCUGGGCAUGGAAGGGAGCAUAGUAUCUUACCUGGAGGUACAGGGUCAGCCUCUGAGGCUCAAACUUCCAUCGAUGCCUCUGCAAUGCUUGUGUUGCCAGUACAUCAUGUGACAUCCGCAGACCCCAAGGAGCCAGCACAGCAGACAACCAAGAUGGCAGAACAUUUGAAUGAGAGAAAGCCUGAGGAGGCCAUUAAUGUCUCUGAUAUCAAAAAGGCAUUUGAGAGAAAAGAAAAGAAAAAGGAGAAGGUGCCAGAUGCCCCAAAGAAGCGUGAGAUGCAACAGCGGAGAGUUGUACGACAGAGCAAAUUUCGGCACGUCUUUGGACAGGCUGUGAAAAAUGACCAGUGCUAUGAUGACAUCAGAGUUUCCAGGGUUACUUGGGAUAGUUCAUUCUGUGCUGUGAAUCCCAAAUUUGUGGCAAUAAUUGUGGAUGCAAGUGGUGGUGGAGCAUUUAUGGUACUUCCUUUGCAGAAGACUGGCCGAAUUGACAAGGCAUAUCCGACAGUUUGUGGACACACAGGACCAGUGCUGGACAUUGAGUGGUGUCCACACAAUGACCAUGUUAUCGCUAGUGGUUCAGAGGAUUGUGCGGUUAUGAUCUGGCAGAUUCCAGAGAAUGGACUGACAGUUCCCAUUACAGAGCCUGUUGUAAUCUUGGAGGGGCAUGCCAAGAGAGUUGGGAUUAUAUCUUGGCAUCCCACUGCACGCAAUGUUCUUCUCAGUGCAGGCUGUGACAAUGUAAUCAUCAUCUGGAAUGUGGGAACAGCUGAGGCCAUGAUAACACUCGAUGAGAUGCACCCAGAUAUGAUCUUUAGCGUAUCUUGGAACCGUAAUGGCAGCCUGCUGUGCACGACUUGCAAGGACAAGAAACUAAGAGUGAUUGAUCCACGCAAAGAGGAAAUUAUUGCUGAAAAGGAUAAAGCUCACGAGGGAGCAAGGCCAAUGAGAGCAGUGUUUUUGACAAAUGGCAAUAUCUUCACCACAGGCUUCAGCCGUAUGAGUGAACGGCAGCUCGCUCUGUGGAACCCGGAGAACAUGGAUGAGCCCAUAGCUCUGCAUGAAAUGGAUACCAGCAAUGGUGUGCUUUUACCUUUCUAUGAUGCAGACACAAAUGUUGUAUACUUGUGUGGAAAGGGUGACAGCAGUAUUCGCUACUUUGAGAUCACGGAUGAAACACCAUAUGUCCAUUACUUAAACACAUUUGCCAGCAAGGAGCCACAACGAGGGAUGGGAUACAUGCCAAAAAGGGGCCUUGAUGUUACCAGGUGUGAGAUUGCCAGGUUCUUUAAACUUCAUGAAAGGAAGUGUGAGCCAAUCAUUAUGACAGUGCCAAGAAAGUCUGACCUUUAUCAGGAUGAUCUGUACCCUGAUACACCAGGACCAGAAGCAGCAUUGGAAGCAGAAGAAUGGCUUGAAGGACAAAGCAAGGACCCGAUUCUCAUCUCCCUGAAACAUGGCUAUGUACCUGGGAAAAACCGAGAGCUUAAAGUUCAGAGGAUCUGUUUUGACAAGACUCCGCAGAACAGGAAAACUGAAAGUGGUAGUACUCCCAUGAAGGGGCCCCCUCUCAAUGCAAAUUCUGAAUCCAAGUUGGAUGAGUUGUUUCAAGAAGUUAAAACUCUGAAGGCCACUGUCGCCAGCCAAAACGAGCGCAUUGCCAACCUUGAGAAUCAGAUGGCCAAGAUCGCUAUCUGAAGCCUGUAUUAUAUGCUUAAUCAUGGGGGUACAAUUGUCUGGUGUGGAUUAUCAGCAAUCCUUCGGUCACCAAAACUCUGACCCUCUCUACCCUGCCAUUGGUGGAAGCACCCUUCAGCAUUCCAGUAUCAAAUUGCCCUCCUUUUCCUCCUGUCUCACUGGACUAACUUAAUUUGAAUUUGGAAACACAAUUCACUUUUUUUUUAAAUAGAAUUUAUUUUCAGGAUUUUUAACAAAAGGCAAUUGUCUUAUUCUUCACGCUUUCCACAUUGAAAAAUGAGUAUUAAUUUUUUUUAUUCCUAACUCAAGUCCUAUGCAUAUAUAAAGGUGUGCUCUACUCUAAUUCUAGAGUGAUUUCCAGGUUAUACGGGCUUGUCUGUCUCUUGUCUGUCAGGUACCAGUUUUUAAAAGCGACUACACAUUCCAUGUACAAGUGUACCAGCACCAUUAAAGAACACUGAAUGGGUUCAGCUCUUAUAGAGCAAAGAAUGGUGAUCUGUCAUUAAAUAUACUUCCAGUUGCAAAGAUAAAACAUUGAUUAUAAAA